AGAAAACUUAGCUUUCAGGCAAAUACCAAUAGAAUGCCCAUUAUCUUAGUGAACUAUUCGUACUAAUAAUGGUCUUUAAACAUUAAUAUAUGAAACAUAUCUCAACUAAUUAAUACGUGGAACGCUCAGAUUAAAAUGCUAGCAUCACAGUGUUCGCUGGAAGUUAGCGGAACCAAAGUGACCGGACCUGUUUGCGGAGGAGCACCAAGGAACGACUGACGACGUGCUAACAAGUUAGCCGUUUAUCCUCCCAGGUUGUUUAACUAUGCCCAGCAAAAAGAAGAAGUACAACGCCAGAUUUCCUCCGGCAAGAAUUAAGAAGAUUAUGCAGACAGACGAAGAAAUCGGCAAAGUGGCUGCAGCAGUUCCUGUUAUUAUCUCGAGAGCUCUUGAACUCUUUCUGGAGUCUUUGCUUACAAAGGCUUGUCACGUCACCCAGUCGAGGAAUGCAAAGACUAUGACAACAUCACAUCUAAAGCAGUGCAUUGAGCUGGAGCAACAGUUUGAUUUUCUAAAAGACCUGGUGGCAACGGUGCCAGACAUGCAAGGGGAGGGGGAGGAGAGCCACACAGAGGUGGGAGGAGAAAAAGUCCAGCGCAGGGGCCGAAAACCAGGGUCUGGUCGUAAGAACGGAGGAACCAGCUCCAAGGGCAAAGACAAGAAGUUGUCUGGAACAGAGUCUGAGCUAGAGGACGACACGGACGACACUGAGACAGACGGAGACGAGGAGGACGGCUCUCAGUCGAGCACAAAUCAGCAGGCUUCAUCCAUGUUCCAAAGCUCCUUCCCAACAUGCUGCUGCUCGCAGGAGGCUGAGGGAGAGGUGCAAUACAGUUGGACCGGCAGCCCACACACCACCUACCGGGCCAUUUACGCCCCGCCUUCAGCAAUGGAAGACGAUGAUGAUGAUGAAGACUACGACUCUUAGCUCCUUUUUCUGCUGUGCUUUCUCUCUCUCACCCCCUCCCACACACACACACACACACACACACACCCAGUCCUUCAGCACUACGAUGAGAUGGUUGAGUUGAUCCGCUGACGCCGGCGAGGGGAGAGACUUCAUCACCGCUCCGUAACAACAGGACCGCUGCAAGAGUCUAAACUCGUAUAUUAGGUGUUUUAAUUUUUUUUAAGGGUUUUAUUUUAUUGUAGAGGAAGUGUCCACCCUGGAUGUUUUUUUAACAAGUCGCUUGUUGGAUUUUUGACUAGAAGAAAAAAGAUGCAGGAGUCACUGUUUUGCUAUGAGCCCCUGAGAGAAGAUAGGUGUGGUUUGUGUUGCAACUCUUCUUUACUUUUCUUCCUUAUUUCUCUGGACAGGAUCUACUAAAGUAACGGUUGGCUGGAAGUGUUGAACACCUGGUAGUUAAACCUAAUUCCAGCUUUUUAACGCGUACACUAGCUGGGAAGAGUUCAGGGCAGGAGUCUGCUUGGGAUUUCUGAAGGUAAAGGCGGUCCUCGUCUCACCGCUGAAGUGUUAAGGCAUCAUGUCGCCCUUUAGCUCCUACGUAAGGUGUUCUCUGCUUCAUCUGGUCUUGCUGCUCAUUCCUCACAUCAGACUACGAUACGCUAGGGAGCCAUUGUUUCUGGCUGUUUUCCAAAACCUCCUCAGCCCUGAAUUCAGCUGAUUCAUCCAUGAUUAUUUAUGUGUUGCUGAUUCUUUUUGAAGCUUCCAGUUGGAACAUGUAUUAUUUGAUACGACUAUUAAAUUUCCCUGAAUUGCUCUUUAUUUGGACUUUUAAUUUGUUUUUGUCAUUUCUAAAUUCACAUCUGGCCACACCCUGGAAUGUUGCCCCUCCAUCUGUAGUAUCCACCCUCUUUUAGAUUCUUUUAAAUGACAGCAGAGGUGGGAAUCCCAUCUAUCUGUUAACCUCUAUCAAACAGCAGACAGUUCACGCUGUAUUGUAAACUUUUAAUGUUCUUUUUAUUUUGUACGGGUGAAAUAAAGUUCAUAUUUCAAUUUAA